UGACUCGGACUGAGCCCGCCCUCGGAAGGGCCGUCCCGUCUCGUGCGGUUGGAGAGGGCGCUUGUCAACAGCGGAGCUGCCGCUGCUCUUCGGUGCUAAUGCUUAGGAGGGGACGUGCCAGCGGAUCGGUUCCCCCCGUCCCCGUGAGGAGUUCAGGGACUUAAAGAAGGAACUGUUGACUUGACCCCCCCCCUUUCCCCAGCGCCGGAGACGCUCCCUUCUGCUCCUCCUUUUUCGCCGACCGAGCCUUUGCCGAGAGACGAGCAACCCAGGAUGAGAGCAGCCACAAUAACAAAGAUACGGAGGGUCUUCCCGGGUCGUGCCAGUUAGAUAGUAGUUCUUGCCCCCCCCAAAAUAGGCCCAUUGAUUAACUACUAUGAAGUGCAUUGGGCUUUCAGAGAGCCAGAAUCUUGCUCUGGUGUUGGAAUAUGCUCUAUCAAGAGAAGCAAAGAUCUGGAAGGCACCAGUCUUCCAGAACUUCACACUGAAGGGCACCGAUAUUUCUCCACUAUCUUAUAACAAAACUGUUUUGUGGAUUGGAAAGUUAAGCUCACUCUUUCAGUUUUGUUUUCAAACCUUUUCCUUGGCGGUUAGCUUUCUGAACCGGUUGUUGGCAUCAGUAAAGGCACAGUUAAAACACCUCCGUUGCAUCGCAAUAGCUUGUCUACUUCUAGCAGCAAAAAUCAACGAAGAAGAUGAGAUAAUACCAUCAGUAAAGAAGCUGGCAGCGCAGAGUGAUUGCAAGUGUUCUCCAGCUGAGAUUUUGAGAAUGGAAAGAACCAUACUUGAUAAACUUCACUGGGAUCUUUACACAGCAACAUCAAUGGAUUUCUUAAACAUUUUCCACGCCAUGGUGAUGUCCAAGUGGCCCCAACUACUAACUAGGCUGCCUCAGAGGAAUCCUUCCCGCCAUGUUGCAUUCUUGACCAAACAGCUGCAGCACUGCAUGGCCUGCCACCAAGUGUUGCAGUUUAAGGGUUCCACACUGGCCUUGGUGAUCAUUACCUUAGAGGUGGAGAGGCUGACUCCUGAUUGGUUUCCUGUAAUUACCGAUCUGCUAAAAAAAGCACAGAUCGAUAGCAGCAAAUUCAUCCACUGCAAAGAACUUGUUGAUCAGCAGAUUUUGGGCUUCCAGCUACCCAAUGCUGUCUACAUUUUCAACCCUGCAAAUCAAAACAUCCAAACUCACCUGGCUGGAGGAUUGCCCUGCUAUUAUUCCAUGGAGAAGAAAGAAAUGCAUACCUCACUCCUCAGAGGCAACGCUUAUGAGGAUGACCUGCAGAUUGAUGAAUUCUAUGAUGGAUUCAAGUACUUGUACAAUGAAGAUGGGACUUCAGAAGCUGGACAGAACAGUGAGAUGGGAAAUGACGAUGUUCAGGAGCAAGAGACAAGCCCAAAUUCCACCAUAAAAAUUGUUCAGGAUUGCUGGCAUCAAUGAGAAUAUGGUUUUACCCCAGGCACAUCAGCUUUAAGGAGCAGAUAUCCAGCAUGUUUAACUGAAAGGAUCUUGAGCAACAUCAUCAGGAAAGGUCUCUGCAUGAAAACCUGAACAGCUGCUAUCAGCAAAUAAGUUUAGAUGGUCCAAGGAUCACAUUUUUUGUUCCAAAUACAGAGUACAUGAUUAAUAUACCAACACGGAGAAGGAUAAGUGUAUAUUUAUGGAACAUAAAUCAUACUCUAAAGUUAAGUACUCAUGUAUACGAGGGGGGACAUGAUAGCAGUGUUCCAAUAUCUCAGGGGCUGCCACAAAGAAGAGGGAGUCAAGCUAUUUUCCAAGGCGCCUGAAGGCAGGACGAGAAGCAACGGGCGGAAACUAAGCAAG